AUGAUUCCACAUGAAGGAACGAUUCUCGUCAAUGGUCGAGAAGAAAAUCAGAAUAGUAAUCGCCCUCAUGAAUGGGAAGGAACAGUGCAGAAGGGUAAUGAUAGUCCUACAAACCCAGCUAUAAGUAUUGAAUUUCAUUUUAAUGCUGCGCAAAGUAUGACGCUUGGUGAUGUUAGUUUAAUUGGUGAUGAUAAUGGUACAAUACGAUUAUAA